AAAUCAUGGCUUGUCAUCUUAGAGCAUUUAUCUAUAUGCUCUGAGCCUGUCAUGAUCGCGGUGAGCACAUAAAAGUAGUAGUGUUUAUCACAUCAUAAAUAUAAUCAUACUUUAGAAAUAAAGUGGGCAGUGAAAAGCUACUAUUUUAGGAAAACGAAAAAUCUCAUUUGAAAUUAUGAAAUAUUUCUCAUUUCCAAAAGACGAAGCUGUUUGCAUGAAGUGAUAUGAAGUUUGUACAAAUCAAGAUAUUUCCACUAUCAAAGGAUGAAUAUGUUCAAUACAUUUUGAAUCAUGUUUUAAAACAUCUUUUCGAUUGCAACUAUCGGGAUAACUCUUUGAAAAGUUCAUAAGCCGAACAAUAAUGCAGUUUCCAUAUUGCAUUUAUUUAAUGACUCGCAAUGGCUUAAUCACUUUGAUGAAGGAGGGAUUACAUCACUGAUACAUUUAAAGAAAUGACAAAUGUGUCAAUUGAUAAUACCAAUAUCCCUGGAGAAGUAUUGAAUGCCUCUACGCACAUCAAUGUUAUACUACAAGAAGUAGUGCAUUCAUCUGCAGUUGUAGCAAAUAUGUCAAUGGAAUGUAUUGGUACAAUUAUUCAAGAAGUGUCAAAUGUUCCAAUGUAUAUAAAAAUUGCAUCGCAAGAAAUGGUUCCUUCAUGUACAGUUAUAGAAAAUGUACCAAUGAGUUUUGCUGAUGUGUCUAAAAAAAUGUCAACUGCAUCAACACACAUUGAUAUUGCAUCAAAAGAAAUUGUAGAUAUAUCGAAGAGUAUUAUGGAUGUAUGUAAUAUGGACAAUACUUUACAUGUAAAACUAAGUGCAACAUCUAUAACAAAUCUCCAUAGUUCAAAUAAAGAUGUUGACUCUAUGAAAAACUUGCAACAAGAAUUGGAAGCCUUAAAGAAGAAAUUUGCAAAAUUCAACUACAAGAGAAAUUAAAUAGAGGUCAAGUU